CUGACCUGACUAACCACUUCCAGUUGGAUCCAAAUACACCCAGCCCUUAAACCAGUGAAUUGGGAGUGAUAAUUUAAAACGUAGGUCUUAAUAUGGCGUAUCUUUUCGUCCGAAGCUAAUUUUAGAACAAUCACGUUACGGACAGUGUGAAACAAUAAUGUCUUUAUUAAUAAACAGGAUAUUUAUAUUUUAAUAUGCGGACGCAUCUUUCACAUAUGUUUUGCAAAUGAAUUGUUCCGUGGUCGCGGGCAAAGUGACUUAAGUGGUCUGUGUUUAUUGCUAAAGAGUAAAAGUGUUGGAAAAAUGAGGAUUAAAAGGAGACUGUUGCCUAUUAAGGCACAUUUUUUUUUCUUCAUGUGCUCUAUGGGUCCAAUAUUACCACAAUUCCCAGUUCUCGGCAAAGAAUUGGGAAUAUCAAGCGCAGUUAUGGGAUCCAUAAUGGGUGUAAUGCCUUUUAUGUACCUUCUGUCGAAGCCUUUAUUCGGCAUGAUCGUCGAUGUGUAUCGAGACUUUAGAAAAAUUAUAUUCAUCAUGCUUAUCAUUGUAUCGACUGUUUCCUUUGCACUACUGGGCUUCAUACCCGAGAGAAAAUUACAGAGAUUUAGCCUGGAAAAUGUCACCGUCGAAGAUUGGAGCACUUGCAAAGAAACUGAUUUACAGGCCUUGACUGAAUGUCAUAAUGGCACGGUACUCAUGCAGUGUACUUCGAACUCUUUCGAAGCAAAUCUAGAAGUUUUAUUAAUGGACAAUCAAAAUCAGAGCUUCUGUAUCAACAACCUCAAUCUGACACAGUACUCGAACUCCACAUGGGAUUUACAAUGUACAGAGAAGACAGAAUUAAACGUUGGAUGUCUUUCUAGGACUUGGUCGUUUUGGAUGUUUGUAUUACUUUGUGCCAUAGGAUCAGUUGGGUUUAACGUUACAAAUUCUAUUAGUGAUGCCAUUUGCUGUGAUGUAAUAGGCGAUGAAGACGAUUACGGUCAGCAAAGAGUUUGGGGUACAAUUGGUUUUGGAUUAACAGCUUUAAUGUCUGGUUAUGUGGUUGAUAUGGUGUCUGGGACCACAAUAACAUACACUCCAGCUUUUAUUAUAAUGUCCAUAUUCACAUUGUUUGACGUUCUAGUUUGUUUUAAAUUAAAGCUUCCAGUUAUAGAAGCUCCAGAUAACAUCAUAAAAGAAUUUGCCAAGCUUUUCAGACACAAAGAAGUCGUUACCUUUCUAGUUUUCGCAGUGUGUGCAGGAAUUUUGGACAGUUUAAUAAUAUAUUAUUUGUUUUGGUACCUUGAAGACUUAGCAAUAGCUACGAACACCACAAACAUAAAACUAUUGGAAGGACUCAUCGUAGCGGCGGAAACUCUGGGCGGAGAAAUAAUAUUUUUUACAAUCUCAGGAAAAAUUUUGGAGAGGUUCGGACACGUUCACUGUUUCAGCAUGUGCUUCAUCAACUACGCCCUUCGAUUAGGGUUAAUAUCAGUUGCUCCGAAUCCAUGGUGGAUAUUACCAAUCGAAUUCUUUUUUCAAGGACCCACGUAUGCUUUAACGUAUACUACAAUCGUUGCGUAUGCCAACGAAUUGGCACCACCUGGGGCAUCCGCCACUAUGCAAGGUAUCGCAGCCGGUAUGGAUGAUGGCGUUGGAUAUGCCAUAGGAAGUUUCAUAGGUGGGCUAAUGUUCAAAUAUGUCACUGAACACAAACAUGUGUGGCAAAUCUUUAGUAUUUUCGGAGUGAUUUGCAGCAUUGCUCAUUUGAUUUUACAUAAGACACUACUCUCAGAAAAAAGUGAGGUAUCUGACAAGGUCGAAUACAAAAAUCCUACAGAAGCUAUUAAAUCAACUUAUGAGAGUUAGAAUUAUAAUUACUUAUGUUUUAUCUCAGUUUUAUUGUGAUAUGAUACAUAUAAUUUAUAGUAUAUUUUAUUAAAUAAAUUAUUUUAGAAGUUGUUAUCA